UUUUUAAUUCAUUCUUAUAUAAACAGUUAAUUUAAACCUUAUAUUCUUAAACUAUUUCCAAAUUCAAUAAAGAUGUGGACAGUAAAUUAUGAAGUUGGGAAGUUGGGGAUAGUUUUAAUUUAUUUUAUAGAUAUGAGUUAAACAAAUAAAGCUUGAAAGGAAGGAAGACAAAUAAUUAAAAAGAAAACUACUAAUCUUGGACUCAAAUAUCUGGAAAAGCUUCCCAAGCCAAAGCGCCGCGUUCCGACCAGACAACAAUGAACCUGUCACGGUGGUUUCACCGCAGUGUUUCAAGGAACAGUAAAAAUAACAACACCCCAUAUCAACACCAACCCAUCCAUUCUGAGCAAAAUCAACAAAACCAAGAAGAAGACGAAGAAUUGCUUGGCGUUACCCAACAAUUAAUCGAUUAUGUCAAGUCUUUUACUUUAGAAACCUUCAAGAGUUUCCCUCUCCAAGAUAACGAGGCAGCUAAUUCAAACAGUGAAACCCAAACUUCUUCUAAUGUGCGCAAGGAUCUUUCUGAUUGGCAAGAGCGGCAUGCUGUCUUAGUACUUUCAAAAGUGAAGGAGCUUUCACAGCUUAGAUUUAAGCUAUGCCCUGGCCACUUGAAGGAGGAAAAAUUUUGGAGGAUAUAUUUCGCGCUUGUCAAGAGCCAUGUGGCUGAAUAUGAGCUGCAUGCUAUACAACUCGCUAAACUUAAAAGGAUUGCUACGACAAGUGAGAAAACAUCAGAUACCGAUGCAUAUGAAGUUGAAAUGGCAGAAAGAAAUCAAGCAGCUAGUGUUGCACCAUCAACUCCAUGAUCCCAAUUUGCCUUCCUGUUGAGGAACUGCAGGGAUAAGUAUUUCUGCGAGCACUUUUCUUGUUAGCUGAGAAAAGAAUGAAAACCCUUUUGCUUGUAAGCAGGUUAUGAGAAGAAAUUAAAAAAAAAAUUCUUUGGAUGACUGCCCGUGUUGAGAUUUUACCUGUAAAACCAUGAAAUAAUCCACAAACUGUCAACUCUUUUUCUAAAACAACUAACUCUGGUUUGGGAAUUGUAAAAAUAACUAAACAACCAGAAAGAUGUCUAAUUUACAGAAAUAGGAACAUUACAGUUCCUUGCCAUGUAAGUGCAUGGUGAGGAUUUUCCGAUUUCUUAAACAUUACUUAUUUGAAUGCUUGACUUUCGGUUCUCUGAGAAUCUGUUACCUUCCUACAGUACUUGAUUUUGUUUUAUGCAAAAUGAGAUAGUAAACUAUCAACCCUGGUUUUUGGUUAAU